CUGCCAGGUCAUUCAGCCGGAAAAGGAAAGCACAUGGAUUUAAGUGUUUACAAUGUCCAUAUAACGUCAAAUUCGCCGGGUGAGUAAAUAUGCAAUUGCAAAUUGAUAGUGCUAUUCAGCUGUAGGAUAUGUAGGUGACUACGUGUUUCGGCUCGAGUACUGGACGCCAGCCAAACUAUCUCUGUCGCAGCGUCAGGCCACCCACCAUCUGUAACAGUGAUUGACCGAAGAAGUGGGACAAGGGAACAGAUGGCGCGUCCAAGCUGUCCGACAGGGACAAAUAGCCUACUGAUAAAACAGUGUCAAAAUUGAACAAAGCGGUCAGUGUCAAUCAUUGAAAGGCUUGUAAUGUAUAUCAUUUAAGACAAAAAGAUGCGGGAGCGAUUUGGAUAAAAAACAAUAUUCGCGACAAUUUCUCGACUGCAGACUGCUAGGGUUAUCUCUUUUGCGCGUUGGCAGCCGAUCGAACAACCGACUGCCAGUGUAAAGUAUAAUCCCGUUUGACUGUCCCAUCAGUCGUUAAACAAUGGUUGACAACCGUUACGCCACGGCGUUGGUCAUCGGCUGUGUUCUUAGCAUACUGGCCACUGUAUACCUGUCAGUGGCGGUGGGGACGCAACACUGGUACCAGUACACCAGUCCUACGGUGCGCGGGGAGGCUAACGUUUCCGAACUGCGCUCUCUGCAUGAGGAGUUUAUGGACGGGGAAUUCGACGAGAAAACCUACAGCGACACUGUUUUUCGUCUCAACGGGACCAUGGGCCUUUGGUGGCGGUGUGUGCUGGUACCAGCGCACACCCACUGGUACAAGGAACCAGAUGCGAAGAUGGAAAUGGAGUGUGUUAGCUUUACUUUGCCACAGCAGUUCAUCCCCAAGUACAAAGAACCAGGGAAUCACAACAGUGGGGAAGACAUGUUGCGUACCUACCUAUGGAGGUGUCAGUUUCUCCUGCCACUGGUGUCCCUUGGUCUGGUUGUGCUGGCUGGCUUGAUAGGUUUCUGUGCCUGCCUCUGUCAAAGCCUUGCCCCCACAUUGGGCAUAGGAGUACUCCACCUGUUGGCUGGGCUUUGUACACUAGCCACAGUAUGCUGCUACCUGGCUGGCAUGGACCUCCUUCACAGGGUGUCAGUGCUCCCCGACAAGGUGGAUGGAGCUCUGGGCUGGUCCCUUUACCUGGCUCUCAUCUCCUCACCACUGCACAUGAUGGCAGCAGCACUGCUGGUGUGGGCCGCACGCAGCCACAGCCAGAACUACUACCGCAUGACAGCUUACAGGGUGGCUUAAGAAGCCCAGUCACACCCCAGAGAAUCGUUCAGCAAUUUGACCAUGAAUGUCUGAUUCUGAACCAAACUCUGCACCCAAUAUCUUAAAUAAUUGA